GACAUUGGAGUAUUUAUUUUCUUUCCUCUUAUAUCAAUUCUUGAAGUUGGUGCUAUCCACACACCUAUUUUUACCUUUCACACAUCCUUCUCAAUUUCCGGUUGUUGGAUCGAAUGAACUGAAGAUGGUUAAUGAACAAAAAUUAACAAGAGUGUGCGAGAGGUAAAAAAAAAAAGGUGCGUGAAUAGCAUUACCCUUCCUGAAUGACAUGGGGAUUUAGCACCAUCUCACAAGGCCCAGCCCAAGCCCAAAUUGUUUGGGCUAUCUGUGUCGAUAGAAAAAAAGGAGGCCGAUCCAAAUGGGUCGUUAGAGAAUCCAAAUUCAAAAGUGCAGCAGAGCGUUAUAAGGAAUGCGCUGAAGAGCGGGAAGAAGAAAACAGCAAAGAAAUGUCAAAUGAGAAGACGCUGAAACGGAAACCAAAAAAGAAAAUUCCCAAAAAAACUGUUCGAACAGAAAACGAAGCAAUUAAUUAAUUAAAUAAAAAAAUAAAAAAGAAAGAGAAAGAGGAAGAGAAGAGAAGAGAAGAGGAGAGUGAGUGAGUGAUUAAGCGUAAAGCUGUAUGUAAACAUUGAUUUUGUUUCCUAAAUAAGUUUUUGGGUUUUUGAAUUCCAAGAAAUAGUUUGCUCAAUAAAUUCAAUUAUCCCCCUUUCUUCCAGAUUCACCGUUUCUCUCUCUACCUUGCCUUUCUCUCUCUACAGACCACAGGGUGUGAAUUGAAGACUAGUGAUAUAUCAGCCUGUUAGCAUGAGUACACAAGGAUCUAGUGCAUAUCGACAAUGGAAUCUAAGAGACGCUCAAAGGGGAGGCAUGAGAGAUUUGGACCUCAAUUAUCCGCCUCCUCGCGAGAACAUGGCUCCGACUGGUCCAUUGCGAAUACAAGCUCAAGGAAGUGGACAUUCUCAAGGACAAGCAAUAACCGCUGCGCAUCUUGUUGAUGAUGAUGAUGUUGUUGUAAUAUCACCAAGGAAAUUUGAAGAAGCGAGAAAUAAUGCUCGAAGAAGUCAGUCUCGAAGAAAUGGUAGAGUCAUAGAAGGUUUUUCUGAAGAAUUGACAAAUUGGUGCCAACUUGGAGAUCUUGGAGCUUUCAACUGGGAGCUUUCCUUCAAUUUCGAUUUCAUCAACAAAGCAGAGGAUACUAUACCUAGUGUUUCGGUGACUCCAAUAGCGCCCCAGACCCAGAAUGUGCCCCUGCCAGAGGCACCUACCUUUACUUGUGCAAUAUGCAUGGGCCAGUUGAUUGAAGAAACGUCAACAAAGUGUGGUCACAUCUUCUGCAAGGUGUGCAUUGACACAGCCAUAGCUACUCAACACAAAUGCCCUACCUGCAGGCAUAAACUUAGAAAGCGAGACACCAUCAGGGUCUACCUUCCAAGUAGCGGUUAAAUGGAUUUUUUACCUCCUAGCAGCGGAAUUUUAUAGGUGGUGGUGUAACUGUUCUUGUUUUUCUCAGUUUUGGUACUAAUUCUCAUUGACCAAAAUGAUUAUUUCAUAAUCUCGCUCUUUCUCUCUCUCUCUCUCUCUAGUUUUUUACUGCAUCAAACUAGAAGCUUUCUCUGCAUAUUUGUUGAUUUAUUCCAUCCAAAUGUUUGAUAUUUAUUGAAGGUGACCACGUUCCUAAUUUAGUCUAAUCCAUAUAACCCUCGCUUUAUCUUCGCGCAGGAAAAGGUCUGUAUUCUUAGGCAUUGCUAGUUGAUCUGACAGACUCACACAGCGGUUCAGCUGCCCAAAGGUUGCGAAUCUUAGGUUUCCAGUCGAAGACAUUGGUUUUUCAAGUCUCCACAGUUUCCGUUUUGAGCUUUCCUUCGAUAGUUGUAUGGAUUUAUUCAGUUGUUCCGCUGCUGGGAUGGUUUCGGUUUAAGAUUUAGUUUCGAAAACAGGCUUAGAUGUUGUUAUCCUUAGCUUCUUACAUUUUGUUACAGGCAGAAGAACUGGGAAGGCUGCCACUGGUGGUUGUGGUCUUCCAACAUUUUUUGUAACAACGUAAUUUGGCCGUCGGUAUAAAUGGAAGUUUUGACAACAAAUAUUUUUUACCUGGUUUGCGCAUGUUGAGACUAGACU